AUGCUUGCAAGCCUCAAAUCAGAAGAAUCCAUCGGCCAGUUGCAGCUGGUUGAACGAGAAGAUAUGGAAGAUGAAGAAGAUCUCUUCGAAGCAAUCGGCAAGCUGAUUUCCCAAGGCAUUAAUGCUGGAGACGUGAAGAAGCUUCAAGACGCAGGGAUCUUUACAUGCAAUGGCAUAAUGAUGCAUACAAAGAAGAACUUGACUAGAAUUAAAGGUCUAUCUGAGGCUAAGGUUGAUAAGAUCUGUGAAGCUGCCGAGAAGCUUGUGAAUUCUGGUUAUAUUACCGGAAGUGAUGCACUGCUUAAAAGAAAGUAUGUGGUCCAAAUUACAACUGGAAGCCAGGCGCUUGAUGAAUUGCUAGGAUGUGGAAUCGAAACACUGUCAAUUACAUAAGCAUUUGGAGAAAUCUGAUCAGGGAAAACACCACUAGCUCAUACUCUCCGUGUUUCCACUCAUCUGCCAACUAAUAUGAAGGGAGGCAACGUAAAAGUUGCUUACAUUGACACAGAAGGAACUUUUCAACCGGACAUAAUUGUUGCCAUAGCUGAGAGAUUUGGUAUGGAUCCAGGGGCUGCAUUAGGAAAGGGAACCUACUUACAACCAUUUGAUAAAAGGUAUCUUAAUUGCUUGACAUGGCCAAUGAAGUUCUACCAGUGGUAAAGAAGCUACCAGUUCUUGCUGGUGUAUGUGCAAUUGAUCCAUUCCGACGAAUGGAUCACUUCCUUAAACAGAUGGAGUCUACUAGAUUCUCUGGGGUACAAAGCUUUCCAAUUGUGUUGUUUGAUGGUGAUUUUAGCCAAAAUCUUGAAGAAAAUGGCAUGGAUACAACUUGGAAGUUGAGAGGAUCCAAAAGGCUCAUAAAUUGGGGCUCUUGACAACUCCAUAUGCAGCUACUCAACCAGCCACUUCAACACGUCACCUUAUGUCCAAACAUCUUCAUAAUAGCUCAUACAAAAACCUGCACAUUGAUACAACAGAAUUCA